AUGCACACUCGACGUACAGGUUCACAGAAUUUGAUUCCUAUUGAUCUUGAAAUCGAGGCUACUGCACGUAAGCAAGGGACUAAGCGGAGACACAAUAAGAAGAAGGAAGCAAUGGGUGGUGAAGCACCUGCCAAAUCCCUUUGGGAAUAUGGUAUGCCGGACACAACCACCGGUAUACUUUCUAGUAUCGUCAGACCAACCGUCACUGCAUCACAUUUUGAACUGAAGCCCGAAUUCAUCCAAUUCAUAUCAAAUGAUUCAUUUUCAGGUUCACCUAAUGAUUGCCCUGUAAGUCAUAUUGAUAGCUUUUUGGAGAAGUGCGAUACAAUGAAAAUCAACAAUGUAAAUGACGAUGCUAUUAGACUUCGCCUUUUCCCUUUCUCUCUUCGGGAUAAGGCAAAGGAGUGGUUGAGAGAUGAAGGUGCAGGCUCAUUCGAUACAUGGGAUAAGCUAGUCAAGGCAUUCUUAGUGAAGUUUUUGGGCCAAGAGAAAACUGCUAGGUUAAGAAAUGAGCUAACCACCUUUCGUCAAGCUGAUGAUGAGUCGUUGUAUGAAUCUUGGAGAAGAUUUAAACGUUUACAAAGGCAGUGUCUUCAUCAUGGGAUCCAGGAGUGGUUUUUGAUCCAGACUUUCUACAAUGGGCUGACACAUGAAUACCGAAUCUACAUUGAUGCUGCAUCAGGGGGUUCUAUCACAGAAAAGAAUCCAACUGAAGCUAAGGCAUUGAUUGAGAAGAUGGCAGCCAAUGAUAACUACCAUCCCAGUAGUCGGAACAGUGUUAGAAAGGGAGGUAAGUAUGAUUUAGAUGCUCUAACUAUAUUGACUAGUACUGUGCAGGCUUUAUCACAUAAGAUCGAUCAAUUUGGAGCUGGAUCUUCAUCAUUGGUUGCCUCGUGUCAUAUUUGUGGGGUGCAAGGACAUACCCCAAUUCACUGUCAGUUAAACACUUCAAGAAACACUCACCACUCUGGUGGAAAUAAUAACUUUCACCCAUUCAACACCAAUUUCACCCAACAAUCUAGUUUUCAACAAGGGUCACCCACUAGUCCACCGCAACCUCAAACUUCUAAACUUAACUUUGAUUCUAUUUUGGAGACUCUUGCUACUUCUCAAGUUCAACAAAAAGAAUUAAUGACCAAGCAGUUUGAGUUACAAGCCAAGCAGAAUGAGCACUUUGAAAAAUCCAUCCAACAACUCAUUGCUCAAAAUAAGGUGAUAGAAACCCAACUUGUUCAACUUUCACAACAAGUGAGUCAUUUAUCAAAACCUCGAGAUCCACCAAAAAUCCAAAAUGAGCAAUGUAGUGCGAUCUUUCUUAAAGAUGAUGGAGCGAGUGUGGAAAGAUUUGUUGAGAAAGAUGGAGAAGUGCUUGGAAUGAUCAAGGAGAAGGGUGUGAGAGAAAAGGUUCCCAUUUAUGUUGCUCCACCCCCGUACGAGGAACCUGUGCCCUUUCCUCAAAGUUUGACUAAGGGUUUGCUAGAUAAGCAUUUUGGGAGAUAUUCUGAGACCCUUAAGAAGGUAUAUGAAACUAUCCCUUUUUCUGACCUUUUGAUUCAAAUGCCUAAAUUUGCUAAGUUUUUGAAAGAAAUAUUAGCCAAUGAUAGGAAUUGUGAUAAAUCAGAAAAUGUGAUUGUUAAUGAGUUGUGUUCCACCUUGAUGCAUGAGAACCUACCACCUAAACUGAAAGACCCUGGAGUUUUUACUAUCCCCUGCAUGAUCAAUGAAACAUAUUUCGAUAGGGCCUUAUGUGAUUUAGGUGCUAGUGUCAAUUUAAUACCUUAUUCGCUAUAUGAGAAAUUAGGUUUGAAAGAGCUUAAACAUUCUCCUAUAUCUCUUCAAAUGGCUGAUAAGACUGCUAGAUUCCCUAAGGGAAUAGUUGAAGAUGUGUUAGUCAAAGUUGGUGAAUUUUCUUUUCUUGUUGACUUUUUUGUAAUUGACAUGAAAGAAGACUUUGAUAUUCCUUUGAUCUUUGGUCGUCCAUUUUUAGCUACAAGUCAAGCUUUAAUAGAUGUCCCAAAGGGACAAAUGAUAAUUAAAGCUCAAGAUAACCAAGUCGUAUUUAAGAUAUUUGAUGAUCCGAAUUUCACUUUUGAUGGGGAUACUUGUAUGAGAAUUGAUGCUACUAAUCCCUUGGUUGAUAAGUGUGUACAGAACAAAAAUUACUUUAGCAAAGAAGACAUACCCAUAUCAUCCAAUGGGUCCGACUACCAGAAAAAAGGUGUUGGUGCUGAUCUUGUUGACUCUAGUCUAAAAGAGUUAUUGGGAGGCAGGUAUAAUUUCAGGUUUCAUCGUGGAAAUUUCUCUUCCCUAGACGAUCCUGGUUGA